AUGCUCCUCCACGACGACCACGAUGCUUCGUCUCCAUCCAGAAACUCCUCCCCCGAUGUCGUCCUUAUGGUCGCCAAUCCAGAUGUCGAACGAGUGGAAAGAGGAACAAGUCCUCACCGACCAGAUGCUGGACGAAUUGAUAGAGGAACAAGUCCUCAACAACCAGGAUCUACCGGCGUCCUCCUCACCCCUCAUCUCAACAACUUCUCCGACGACGACGCCGAAGACUAUGGCAAGUUCAAGGAAAGGGAAAGAACCCGAAGACCCUCACCGGAGAGGGCCUCACGAGAUGCACCACGGCAUGAAAACUCUGAUGACCGAAACCAGUCGAGCCUUGGCCAAUUACCAGUGGGAGUUCCACCUCCUAGUGAAGGCACGCCAAAUAGUGGAGUUGCAGGUCCCUCGGGAUUUCGAGCAAGAACGGCAGCUCAACUCCCAAGCCAUGGAGAAGCUGAACCAAUACCAGUUCUAUCAGAAACUGCACCUCCGCCAAUACCAACUAGUGGACCGAUUCCCAGCUCCAUGGGAGGACCUACCCCUCGUACAGAUCCUCACGCCGGAGAACUGGAGCGACACGCGGACGCGCUCCUCCAGCGGAACACCAUCUCCGCGGUAAUACAAAUGGCCACAGCCAUGGCCCUCCAAAGACUCGCUAACUUCUCGGCAGGACAACCCGGGAAUGAACAUAGCGACAUCAGAGCGCUCGCCCUCCAAACCGACCCGGACACAGCCUCCUGGUACGCCCACAAUGACGGGCGACCCCGAGCCCUCCUCAUCCACCCUGACGAGUUCUCCCAAUACGUCAACCGAGAGCUCCUUCCAGCUCUCCUCUUCGGAGGAGAACUGGGAAACGUCCAGCCAAGCAGAACCGACCCUUUCCGAGUUGUCACUUGGAACGUACCACGUCCCGGAGAACAUCCCACGCCUGUACCAAAUCCAAGGAGGGUUCCGCGUACGGUCGUGGAGCGCCCUCCACCGAGACAACGAGAGGUUCCUACAGCGCAUAGCCAUACUGCGACUCCCCCCUCUCACCGGAUACGAGGUCUUCCCCUAUCCCAAGGAAAUACCGACGAGGAGGAACCGCCCGUCUAUCGAAGAAAUGAGGGAAGGCGGAGUCGGGGAGACCAGGCAGCCCUCGGACGCGGAACAACUGUUGGCCGGAGUGUUCGACACCGGCCUAGAUCGCCUCCUCCUAGUGCUCGACUUCGUACGAACGAAAGAGAGGAUAACCGAAGUAGCCGCAGAACUCGCCGCAUUGAUUCGGAGGCUCGAAGAAAUAGCUCUUGGACUAGAUCCGAGCUCGACGCAUGGGAUGCUCUAGACGAUCCAGGAAAUUACGACGAGGCGGACCCCUAUUACCGACCUGACGAAGGGGGCGGGGAUUAUCAAGGACCUUUCGAUUAUUAA